AUGGGAGUUAGUGUUACCUAUCCUCCUAGAACCCAGGCAGAUGCUCUUAUGAUAAGCCUGCAGAGUUUACAAGUGGAAGAUCUCUGUGAGGCAGCUGUAGAGGAGACAGCUGUAGAGGAGACAGCUGUAGAGGAGGCAGCUGUAGAGGAGACAGCUGUAGAGGAGACAGCUGUAGAGGAGACAGCUGUAGAGGAGACAGCUGUAGAGGAGACAGCUGUAGAGGAGACAGCUGUAGAGGAGACAGCUGUAGAGGAGACAGUUGUAGAGGAGACAGCUGUAGAGGAGACAGCUGUAGAGGAGACAGCUGUAGAGGAGACAGCUGUAGAGGAGACAGCUGUAGAGGAGGCAGCUGUAGAGGAGACAGCUGUAGAGGAGACAGCUGUAGAGGAGACAGCUGUAGAGGAGGCAGCUGUAGAGGAGACAGCUGUAGAGGAGACAGCUGUAGAGGAGACAGCUGUAGAGGAGACAGCUGUAGAGGAGACAGCUGUAGAGGAGACAGCUGUAGAGGAGACAGUUGUAGAGGAGACAGUUGUAGAGGAGACAGCUGUAGAGGAGACAGCUGUAGAGGAAAGUCGUCAUGAGGAAACGCCAGUAGAGGAGACAGCUGUAGAGGAGACAGCUGUAGAGGAGACAGCUGUAGAGGAGACAGCUGUAGAGGAGACAGUUGUAGAGGAGACAGCUGUAGAGGAGACAGCUGUAGAGGAGACAGCUGUAGAGGAAAGUCGUCAUGAGGAAACGCCAGUAGAGGAGACAGCUGUAGAGGAGACAGUUGUAGAGGAGACAGUUGUAGAGGAGACAGCUGUAGAGGAGACAGCUGUAGAGGAGACAGCUGUAGAGGAGACAGCUGUAGAGGAGACAGCUGUAGAGGAAAGUCGUCAUGAGGAAACGCCAGUAGAGGAGACAGUAUACUAUCCACAAACCAGUAUCAACAAGCCAGUAUCCACAAACCAGUAUCCACAAACCAGUAUCCACAAACCAGUAUCCACAAACCAGUAUCCACAAACCAGUAUCCACAAACCAGUAUCCACAAACCAGUAUCCACAAACCAGUAUCCACAAACCAGUAUCCACAAACCAGUAUCCACAAACCAGUAUCCACAAACCAGUAUCCACAAACCAGUAUCCACAAACCAGUAUCAAAGUUAUCAAACAAAACAUGCAUGACUUUGAUCUACAAACAGCAAACGGGGCUUGUCAACGAAACAAACAGUAG